GUUUAUGAACAGGGGUUGAGCCGGACGUUGAAUAAUUUAAAUCGGCGCGCUUACAUAAACUGAGCUCAAAGAGACACCACUUUGUCAAGCCUUUCUAUGGCCGCUCCCCAGCUUCAAUCUAAAGGUUGCUUCGUCGCAAAAUUUGGCGGACAUUGUGCAAAGUUUUGGAUAAAGAAACCUUUAUUGAUUUUGCUUUAUGCCCACUCGUUCAUCAACUGUACAGUUCUUUCCCUUUCUUCCCGUGCACGUACUAAGUAGUCUGCACGACUGGUUCGAAGGAUGGCAUGAUCUCACUUAGGGAUACUACCUUACCACUAGGUAGGCCAGCAAUUACACUGGCCCAGGACUCGGUCCCAAGCACGCAGCUAACGUUUCCUAGUAGUUCGCAAGCGCAGUCAGUUCUUUCGCCUCUUUUGAGUACCACGUCUACAUCAUGCUUAGAUACUCUCCCGCCCGGUGUUGGAUCCAGAGAAGUUAGAACUAUCCCGAAACCGCUGCCUAAGCGCCGACUCAAGGAAUCUUCACUAUCUGAGCACAUCAAAAAUCGCGACCUGCAAUGGUUCAAGGCACAUCAACAGCCAGCAGCUGCUCGUGAUACAAAUAUUGCAAGUCCUGUGGUGGAUCCAGCCGCUCAAGCUGGUAUGCUUGUGGUGUUGAAUGGUGUAGCAGAAGCCCCUGCUACAGAUAAGUUAAGGCCGUCUUGCAUGCCAGAGAAAACACCUCCAAGGUCGUUACCCAGUGGACUGAUGACAGCGAUCGAGCCUACAGUUGUGAAAACCACACAUCGAUCGAGUACUUUCGCCCAGGUUCCAGAGCCUGUAGACGUCAAGCAGCCAAACGAAGAAAAAAUCAUAUCCACUGCAACUGGUGUUGCUACGAGCUACCCUCAACCGCAAAUUAUGCCUCGGGAUUCAGAAAUACAUCCCUCAGGUCCUACGAAAAACACGGAUUCCCCAGCUCCAACGGAGCCACCUGCGACACCCUCGGACCAAGUAGGAGUCAGAGAUUUCUCAUUGUCUCCAGUCGCCAUUCCGCAGGUCAAACUUCGGAGAUUUGGAGGGGAUAUGGCUGUGAUGAUGUAUCGGCGGGGAUCAGCUCGUGGGACCUUUGAGGUCACUUUCAACCUCAAUGAUAUACGUUAUCUCCAAGUUGCUCGGUGGGUGAAGCGCAAGGAGUUAUCACUAAC